AUGUGUGGUAUGAUGAACGCUGCAAGGUCGUCUAAGACCGUAUUUAAUUUUACUCUAUCGACUGGUAAUACAAUACCUGAUAAAAACCUUGGUCCAACGCGUGAUCAUACAACUAAUUCAACAUCCGGUGGUUUUCUCUAUUGGGAUCGACACCUACCACUUACUUCAACAGAUUAUGGAACAAUAUAUACAUCAACAGUCGUUGUUGAAAAUUUUAAUCUGUGCGUUAAAUUUGCUUAUUACGUAAAAUCAACGGCCAUUAACAAGAAUGGAACAACGAUCAUUCUCUUUUCUUCUUACUCUAUUUCACGAAUCAUAUGGUUUCGAUCAUUAGAUGAUAGUCAAGGAUGGCAGACGGCUAUUGCCCCUGUUAAUGACUAUCUUUAUGACAAAACAUUUUCAUUUUAUGUCAAUCAAACACAAUCAGUACCAGUAUCAGUCGCUUUUGAUGAUAUUGAAAUUGAUCAAUGUACCACUUUAACACCAACAACGACCACAACAACAACUAUGACCACGACAACGACUACAACCACAAAAACAAGUACUAGUUCAACAACACUUACGACAAUAAUAAGUAGUAGUUCAACAAUAACUAGGAAAACAUCGACUCCUGUUCAAACCACUCCAAUCAAAUGUGGAACAAAAUUAAAUUAUAUCGUGAAUGCAAGAAGUGGAAGUCAUAGUUAUGAAGGCUAUGGUUUAGGUUCAAUAUACAACAAUAUUCUUAUUAAUAUAGAAGCAAUUAAUUACAUUAAUAUUAAUGAAUAUGAUGGAAUUAGUACAUUUGGAGCUGGUGCAAAAAAUUGUUGUGAAUGGAUGGGACUUGCUGGUCAUGCAUUUGGUGAUGGUCAAGGUUUUCUCGGUCGAUUACAUGGAUUAUUAUCCGAUAAUAUUUUGGAAAUGAAAACUAUUAAUAUUCAAGGUAAAUAUAUUUUAGUGAUAUAG